AUGGGACUGGCCACUGCGCUUAUUGUUACCAUGGUGACGGAUAUUGUUGGGAAUACACUGGUCAUCUCUUCAGUCCUGCGAAACAACAAACUUCGAAAUACUGGUAACAUCUUUGUUGUCAGCUUAGCUGUAUCUGAUCUUUUAAUGGCUGUGUACCCAUAUCCUCUGUCCUUGCUUGCUAUGUUCCAGAAUGGGUGGAUAUUAGGAGACAUGCAUUGUAAGGCAAAUGGAUUUGUUCUGGGCUUGAGUGUUGUAGGAUCAGUGUUCAACAUUACUGCAAUCGCCAUCAACAGAUAUUGUUUUAUCUGCCACAGCAAGCUAUAUGACAAAUUAUACAGUUUAAAAAAUACAUAUGUCUGUGUUGGGCUGACAUGGCUGCUGGCCGUUGCUGCAGUUUUACCGACUCUCUGUAUUGAUGCACUUCAGUAUGAUCCACGGAUAUACAGCUGUGUUUUAGCACAGACUGUGAGCUCAACAUUCACCAUUGUCACUGUGACCAUCCAUUUUAUAGUUCCUAUAAUUAUUGUUGUAUUCUGCUAUAUAAGGAUUUGGGCCCUUGUGAUUGCUGUUAGAUACCGUGUCAGACAAGACAGCAAACAAAAACUGAAACCACACGAGAUACGCAAUUUCUUUUCAAUGUUUAUGGUAUUUGUAAUUUUUGCUGUUUGCUGGGGCCCCCUGAAUUUCACUGCUUUAGCAGUAGCUAUUAACCCUACAAAGGUGGCACCUAAUAUACCAGCUUGGUUCUUUUCUGUAACUUACUUCAUGGCCUACUUCAAUGGUUGCCUUAAUGGUCUCCUGUAUGGACUUCUGAACCAGAAUUUCCGAAAGGAAUAUGCAAGAAUAUUUCUGUUUGUUUGCAGCAUGCUCUGCUGCCAUAUGGUUGAUAGCAAUGCAAACUUUACAAAUAACAGCAUUCAGCUAUAUACACAUUUGAGUUACAUUGGUACUGACCAUCCAGGGACUUUGGCAUUGGCAGCUGUGCUGGUCAUUAUCAUAGUGCUGGAUGUUGUAGGAAAUGUACUAGUGAUCCUGUCUGUGUUUAGAAACAACAAACUAAGAAACACUGGUAAUACCUUCGUUGUCAGUUUGUCAGUGGCUGACCUGCUAAUUGCAAUAUUCUCUUAUCCCUUGACCUUACGUGCAAUGUUCUAUGAUGGAUGGACUUUAGGAGAAGCUUACUGCAAAGCGAGCGGAUUAAUUUUGUCUGUGAGUGUUGCUGGUUCAGUCUUUAGCAUCACUGCAAUCGCUAUUAACCGAUACUGCUACAUCUGCCAUAAUAAGAUAUACAAAAAAGUAUAUAAUGGGAAAAACACAUGCUGCUGGCUUGGACUGACCUGGAUUAUAACCUUUGCAGCUGUUGUGCCACAUUUCAUUUUUGACUCUCUGCAGUAUGAUCCACGUAUAUUUUCAUGUACCUUAGCCCAGAGUGUAAGCUCAGAAUUCACCAUUACUAUCGUGACUGUUCAUUUUAUUUUCCCAAUAUGUAUUGUUUUAUUUUGCUACACACGAAUCUGGGCACUGGUGAUUAGAGUUAAGUAUAGAGCCAGACAAGAUAGUAAACAAAAGCUCACAUCACAUGAAUUACGACAGUUCUUUUCAAUGUUCAUGGUCUUUGUACUUUUUGCUCUUUGUUGGGGCCCACUAAAUUUCAUUGGUUUGGCAGUUGCCAUUAACCCUAAGAAGAUUGGACCACAUAUACCCAUUUGGUUAUUUUGUAUAACCUACUACAUGGCUUACUUUAACAGUUGCCUGAAUGGUGUUCUAUAUGGACUACUGAAUCAAAAUUUUCGCAAGGAGUAUAUAAAAAUACUUAUGUCCUUAUGCAUAUCCAGACUUAUCUUACUUUAUUUUAGUUAUGUAGACUUGCAGAAAUAG